AUGAAGUUCACCACCAAGGUCCUCUUCGCAGCGAGCACGCUGAUCGCAACCAUCUCAGCACAAGUCUCAUAUGACAAUGCCACCGACACAUGGAAAUGUCCCAUCUCCGACGGUGCCUACUGCGCUGGCGACUCCCUGACCACGCCCGUCGUGAUCCUGUGCACCAACGGCACCGGCACCCCUGGGAACUGCAUUCCACACAACUGGAGCCGACCGCCCGCGGAUGUGCACUACAGCCAAUGCUACGAGUCCAGCCCGACCGCCGGCGACGCCGCCUGUGCGAAAUCCUGCACCGUCUAUCCCGACUCCGGGUUUCCGUUCCCGGUCCCGGGUAACAGCUGCAAUGCGACGGCGUUGAAUCAAGUGGAUGUCACGAACGGAGCAGUCGCGACGACGUGCCGUGAGGGCAUGUUGCCGAAUUCGAACAAGACGGGGACGAUUUGUGAUUCGAGUGCGCCGAGUCUGAACGGGACGGCCAAUGGACACAACUUCAACUCCACGAAUGGUACGUCGCCGACUGUCCAUGAUCCCACGAAGACUUCGAGUAAGGGUGCUGCGUCCCCGACGGAGACGGGUGCGGCUGUUGCGUUGGGUGCGGGUCCCAUGAUCGGAUAUGCUGUUUUGGGUCUGUUGGCUUUCAUUCUCUAG